AGAUCAUAUUUUGUUUCAUCGAUCGAAGAACAGGAAGCAAAGAAAUGGAUUGGGGAACGGUAACAACAGAAGAUCUGAUCGAUGCACUUAGGGAAGUCGAUUGGUCGUCUCCUCCUCGUCCUCUCAAUGAAUUCUUCUCCAAGUUCACCGUCCCUCGUUCCUCCAACAAAUGGAACAGUCGCCUUAAGUGUAAUCUUUACUACUAUCGGACAAAUUACUUCCUCAUGAUUCUGUUCAUUCUUGGAUUGGGAUUUCUCAGGAGACCACUUACUAUUGUUGCAGCUACAUCGACAGCUCUAACAAUAGCUUUCUUGAAUGAUAGCUUUGCAGGCACAUUUAGUGAAAAGGCAACAAGAACUGUGAGGCAGUUUUCUCCACAUUUAGCUGCAAAAAUGAGACCUCCACUAACGCCUGUUCUUCGUGGGCGCCCUUCCUCUAAGAGGGCAAUUUAUAUAUGUGGACGGCCCCGCUGGGCAUUUGUUUUUGCGUUCUCUGCUGUGAGUUUCAUUCUUUGGUUUGCUUCUUGUGGCCUCUUCACUUUGUUAUGGGCAAUUGCCCUUGGCGUUCUUGCUACUAUCCUGCAUGCAAGCUUUCGAACACCUAACCUGAAAGCACGUCUGAAUACGUUCCGUGAGGAAUUUCGUGCAGUUUGGCGCAAUUACAGUGAACUGUAGUCACCGUUCAUGGACACCUAUGAAGAAACAUGUUGCAGUAUUUUUGAGGCUGGACUUCCUAUUGAUGCUGCUGUUGCGGAAUAAUCCUUGUCGUUUGGGCUGCUCAAAAGUACGCUUGCUGUGGGUAAUAGUUUUCAAAUUACCUGGAUCUCUUAUCCUUCGAUAACAUGACAUAAAGAUAUUAGUUGAUCAAACCUCCAGUGGGAAAGAAGGGAAAAAUUAGUACAUGAAAUCUGAAAUCUUAUGUAAAGUCUGCUGGGAUUUGAAUAUUUCGACACAUGCUUUAGAAGCUGGUAGUUUCAGCUAUAGCGUUUCAUAAACGUGUGAAUGGAUCAAAUUUCAAACGUUUUUUUGACUGGUAUCAUUUCUGAUUAUAUGAUGUCGAGUGUUGUAUUGAACCAUGCAUCCUUAAUAUCGCACAAG